GUAAAGAAUAAACUCCCGCUCCAAGAUGGCGGCGGUGCCAGACGAGGCGAGUACCUCGGUGAAGACGGAGCCCGAGCUCCUGGAGGAGGUGAAGAGCGAGAGCCUUUCGGGGCCAGUUACCGAGGAGCCAGCGUUGGGAAAUGGCCAUGGCGCCUCCCCGAAGGCCGCCAGCUCUCCGCUGCCUCCUCCGCUCACCACCUCGGAGCCUCCGGACCGGCAGACGCUGCUGGCUGUCCUGCAAUUCCUCAAAAAGAGUAACCUGCGGGAGUCCGUCGACAUCCUCCGCCGGGAGUGCGGCCUGGAGCCCGAGGGGAGUCCGGCUCUCAGCCCCAGCGGACAGCCGACCUCCGGGGAACCCGAGAGCACCGAGCACAGUCUGCUGAGCAGAGUCACCGCGGGGAGCGCCGCCAUCUCCUCCACUGCCGCCGGGGGAGCCCCGACCGCCGUACUUUCCGCCGCGAAAGGUACUUUGAAUAGCGGCCCACAGGACCAGCCAGAUGUCAGUGCUGUUCUGUCUGCUUAUAACCAGCAAGGAGAUCCAGCGCUGUAUGAGGACUACUACAGUGGCCUAAAAAGAUUCAUUGAGUCUGUACUGGACUGUCAUCGUGCAGAGUUAUCUCAGCUAUUCUACCCUCUCUUUGUGCACAUGUACCUGGAGCUGGUCUACAAUCAGCAUGAAAAUAAAGCCAAAUCUUUCUUUGACAAAUUCCAUGGGGACCAGGAAUGUUACUAUGAAGAUGAUCUCCGCAUUUUAGCCAGCCUUACCACGAAAGAGCACAUGAAAGGCAAUGAGACAAUGUUAGACUUUCGAACAAGCAAGUUUGUGCUAAGAAUAUCCCGGGACUCCUAUCAGCUGCUUAAGCGCCAUCUACAGGAAAGGCAGAACAAUCAGAUAUGGAGCAUAGUACAGGAACACUUGUACAUUGAUAUAUUUGAUGGCAUGCCACGUAGCAAACAGCAGAUAGAUGCUAUGGUGGGCAGCUUGUCUGGGGAAGCCAAGCGUGAAGCAAACAAAGUCAAGGUGUUCUUUGGCCUUCUGAAAGAACCAGAGAUUGAAGUCCCUUUAGAUGAUGAAGAUGAAGAAGGGGAAAAUGAAGAAGGAAAGCCAAAGAAAAAGAAGCCAAAAAAGGACAGCAUAGGCUCAAAAAGCAAGAAACAGGAUCCUCAUGCACCGCCUCAGACUAGAAUUCCUCUUCCAGAGCUAAAGGAUUCUGACAAACUUGAUAAAAUCAUGAUUAUGAAGGAAGCUGCCAAACGGGUUCGCCUUGGUCCUGAUUUUUUGCCCUCAAUCUGUUUCUACUCAUUCCUUAAUGCUUACCAGGGUUUGACCGCAGUGGAUGUUACGGAUGAUUCCAGCAUGAUCGCAGGAGGAUUUGCAGAUUCUACCGUGCGUGUGUGGAGUCUAACGCCGAAAAGACUUAGGGGUGUCAAAGGCACAGCUGAUCUCAGCUUGAUAGACAAAGAAUCAGAUGAUGUUCUGGAAAGAAUUAUGGAUGAAAAGACAUCAAGCGAGAUAAAGGUUUUAUAUGGUCACUGCGGACCUGUCUAUGCAACUAGCUUCAGUCCAGACAGGAAUUAUUUAUUAUCAAGCUCAGAAGAUGGCACCGUCCGUUUAUGGAGUCUUCAGACAUUCACCUGCUUGGUGGCAUACAAAGGACAUAACUAUCCAGUGUGGGACGCUCAGUUUUCUCCAUAUGGAUAUUACUUUGUGUCUGGAGGCCAUGACAGAAUUGCUCGUUUAUGGGCAACAGACCAUUAUCAGCCUUUACGUAUAUUUGCUGGUCAUCUUGCAGAUGUUAUAAGUACUCGUUUUCAUCCGAAUUCUAAUUACAUAGCUACUGGCUCAACGGACAGAACAGUCAGAUUAUGGGAUGUAUUAAAUGGGAACUGUGUGAGGAUUUUCACUGGACACAAGGGACCAAUUCAUUCAUUGACAUUUACUCCAAAUGGAAAAUUUCUGGCUAGCGGGGGCACAGAUGGCAGAGUCUUGCUUUGGGAUAUUGGCCAUGGUUUGAUGGUUGGAGAUUUAAAGGGUCACACUAACACAAUCUAUGCACUUAAAUUUAGCCGAGAUGGAGAGAUUUUAGCAUCAGGAUCUAUGGAUAAUACUGUCUGUUUAUGGGAUACAGUAAAAGCAUUUGAAGACCUAGAAACUGAUGACUUUACAACUUCUGCAGGACAUAUAAACUUCAAUGAAAAUUCUCAAGAGCUUCUCCUAGGCUCUUAUAUGACAAAAUCUACUCCUGUUAUUCAUCUUCAUUUCACACGGCGAAACCUUCUUCUGGCUGCUGGAGCUUUUAGCCCACAAUGAACAAUUGCACUUUCAGGAUGAUGCAAAAUAAAUUCUUCCGUCUGACUCUUGACUGUCCAAUCCGGGGCUGAGACUAAGUUAUGCAAUGUUACCAAAUAGGAUUUUGAUGUCAAUUUUAUUGCAAGACUCUUGCAUUCUCCACACUGCCUUGUUUCAGUCCUAAACUGACAAGCAAGAGGAAUUGUAUACAAAUUCAAACUGGUGCUGUGCGCAUUUGACAGUUAUAGUUUUUUAAGCACUGAGUGCUUGUAUUUAUGUAACUAACAGGUAAUGCUUCAGCAUUUGUCCAUGCAAUUUCAGAAGAGUUAUAGAUACUGUAUCAGUGUGAAGGCAAGAACAUAUUUGUUGGUGUAUACACUUCCCUUCUAGCAGUGCUAAUGAAUGGGAUCUGUUGCUGAAAGUAAUCACCCAUUAAACAUUAACUGCUUGUUUAAUGUCCAUUUGGGCCAAAGCUUACCCCCCCCCAUUUAAAUGAUGUAUGGCAAUAACAGGUAUGCUUGUUGGGCAUAUUGUAUUAAUAUGUAGCCACAAGUUUAUACAGCACUGUGUUCAGUUGUGGGAUGGGGACUUCCUGUCCUGCUCCCAAAACAAUCAGAAUGCAAAGCUUCCCAUGAAUGGCUGAGCAGGGCACAGUGGCACUCUAUCUGGUGUCAGCUUGUUGCUGUCCUACUGAUUCAAUACAGUGUUAUAUACUUGUGGCUACUUAACUGUCCCAAAUUAACAAUCUUGGAGUAAGUCUUAAAGUAACCAGGGCAGCAUUGAGGUUGAUGGCACACUGCUUUUUUUUUUUGCGUGGGUGGGUCCUGCCUUCCACCUAUUUGGUGAGAGUAGCCACCAUUCAGAUCCUUUUCAGUUGGGGUAGAAACCAGCUUGUCACCUGGCUAUGGCUUUAGAUGGCCUGAAACAUCCUCUACAAGCUGAUGUUGGAUUUCAGAGCUUAAAAGAUAAGUUCACCUUUUUAGGAUCAUUUUACACUCAUGUUUAGGGUGUAAUGUGUUCUUAUGCGCCAAUGCUUUCCUUUUGUCAGAUCUUAUCCCUGCACCCACUGACUUUUUAAAAACGGCACAGUUGUGCGGCUUUACUCAUACAGCUGUGUAAUUCAAUCAAAGAAUUACAAGUACCAUUUUCUACUACAGCACAUCUACUUGUAGUUUGAAUGGGCUGUCACCAUACCAUGCUUAUAUUCUAUUCUUUCUCUAGCUUUGUAACUGAUAGCUAGUAUGGGCACAAAGCCUAGUGGAAGACAUGGCAGGAGCUUAAAAGGGUUGUAAAGGAAUUUUUUUUUUCCCC